AUGAGUCGAAGGGGGAGCGAAGGGUCAUCUAAAGAUUUAGACCAGACAAUUCCCACAGAUAAUAAUUUUUCCCCAGACACACAAACCCUUUUAUCUUUUACACCUGUACCAACCACCCGGGCUAGCCUACCGAUUAGGGGAGCUAACCCAGGAGACCCUUUUUCAGGUAGAGAGGUAGCAGAAAUUUCAGUUGACCAUUUAUUAAUCCGAGAAUCAGAUUUAAACUUAAAUACAGAAGAUUUAUUGUUAAACGUAACGAAAGAACUGGAAAAAGUAGAUAAAAGUAUAAUUGAAUUUAAUAACAAGACCCUCACAAACAUGGAUGGAAACUCAGAACCUUCAGGCAGCACCAACCAGUCCAGCAGCACACAACAACCAAAGACUAAGGAACCAGUUCAGCAAGUCGACUGGUCAGCAGACAAUAAUUCGCAUCACAUUUUCCCUGGAACCGAAGGGAUGAAUAAGCAAAGUAUGGGACAAAUAUUAAAUGAUGGAACGAAUAACGGUUCAAUGGAAUCAAAAAAGGAAAAUUUAGUUCACACAGAACAUUUUAAGGAAUUCGAUUUGGAUGCGUUGAUUAACCAACGAAUGAAAGAAUUGUGCAAAAACUACUCGUUGAAGGCGGAAAACACGGAUCAAGGAAAAACAAGUGUGGAAUCAAUACGUGAAAUAAUCGAUGCUAAGAUAAUAGCAGCCUUAGGGAAGAAGGGAUACACCGGAACGCCACAGCCAGAACCGUCAAUGUCUAAUUACAUUGGAUUAAAGGAAGCUCUUAAUUUAUUGCCAAAAUCAUGCGAUGGAAGGGACAUCGAACAAUUAGAUAUUUUCCUAGAAAAUUGCGAAUUUGCAGUAUCAUGCGUGCAAGAGCCUUCCAAGAAUCGUCUACUACAGGCGAUAAUGACAAGACUAACUGGUAAAGCUCGUCAAGUAUCUAGGAACCGAACAUUUUAUACGUGGGAAGCAUUACGAGAAUUUCUGAAGGCUAACCUAGAACCUCAACGUACUACACAGCAUUUAUACCUUGAAUUAUAUUCGUCCAAACAGAAGAAGGAUGAGGAUAUAUUAUCCUAUUCGAUGAGAAUAGAGGAACUUCAAACGCUCCUAAUUGAGCAGGAGACAGCGGAACUAACAGCUGAGGCUGCACGGGCCAUGGAAGCGUCCAUCAAACGUCAAACAAAGCAAGUCUUUAUGGAAGGCUUGGGAAUUUUGAAGGAUUUUAUUAAAGCAAGAAAUCCGCAUACACUAGAAAUGGCUAUCCAAGCUGCCAGGGAGGAAGAAAAAAUUAAAACCUCUUCAGUGGAAACCAAAAAACCAUAUCAACCAACGAAACGGGGAGCAGAAUCUUAUACUUCAGCCAAAAAACCGAACGGGCCGUGUCAUGUAUGCAAAAAACAAGGACAUUGGGCACGAGAUUGCAGAUACGCAGGGAAUUCAAGUUACCAACCGGAAACUACAGUAUCAAAAAAUAAACAGAAUUCUAUUAACGUAGUUAAUUGCCAAUACUGUAAAAAGCCAGGGCAUACCAAAGAAGAAUGUCGGAAAUUAAAAUAUGUAACUGGCAAACGUAAUGAAGAAAAUAAGUCGGGAAACCAACCACAGCCGGGCUCCAGCGGCAGCCGCCCGGCUGGGAGUCUAAAAACAGCCGCGAUUACGUUUUCCCAAUCGUCCUGA